AUGGCUUAUAAGUACUAUCCCAUCCAAGGCGUUCAGAAAGGCUUAGGUCCGGGCAGCCAGGUGCCCAUUAGACGAGAUUUUAACGAAUGGAGUGAGAGUCAAGAACGCAGAGAUCAAAUACAGGUUGUUCUAUUUAUCCUCGCCCUCAGGGAGUUCCAAGCUACUCCCCCAGACUCGAGAGAUUCAUAUUUCCAAAUUGCAGGUAUUCAUGGCAUGCCAUACAAAUCCUGGGAUGAACACGGCCUUACUGUUCAGGAGACUCACAGAAAGGGUUAUUGCGUGCAUGCGAAUAGCCUAUUUCCUAUAUGGCAUCGGCCGUAUCUGUCACUCUACGAGCAACGUAUAUACGAAAUAAUGGUCGAUGUUAUCAUCCCAGGCUUGAGACUUCGUGAGAGAGCAGAGGAUGAGUGGCAAGAAGCCGCCUUUCACUGGAGGCUCCCAUUCUGGGACUGGGCGAAAAAUCCGCAGAUACCGAAACUUAUGUGUUUUAAAAGGAUUCAGCUCAGGUUCCCCGCAAUGACCGUAGAUAAUCCGCUCUACAAAUUCAAAAUGCCAAAGGGAGAGAAAAUGAGGGUCUACGGCGUAGGAACCCUCAAAUCCCCCGACUUUGAGGAUACGCUAGAGUACGGGGAGUGUUGCGCAACCAGCCGCUGUCCGACGCCAUCAGAACGUGUGAGUACCAGUAAUGCAUGGAGAGAUGGCGUUGUCAACAAUAAAACAGCAAACAAAUUCAUCUUCGAUCGUAAAUCAAUCACAGAUUUCGAUUACGGCAAGACUACGGAGAUGGUGUACAGACUUCUCACCUACCCGCUGGAUUUCGUGAGCUUCGCAACCACUGCGAGAGAUGCUACCAUGGAUUCUUCAAGCGCAUCAAAAGUCAUCAACGACAUGAAUAUAGAAUUCAUCCACAACAACAUUCACUACUGGGUUGGCGGAGAUGGAGGCCAUAUGUCUCAGAUACCGGUUGCGACUUUCGAUCCCAUAUUUUGGUUCCAUCAUUGUGGUUUACGGCAGACAAAACAAGACCAUUUCGAUCAAAAGAUAAUCGGAAUGGGCAAUAUCGUCACCUCCAAGGCACCGCUCAGGCCCUUUCACAUGGAUGAACAAGGGACUGUCUGGACACCAGAUGGUGUUCGUGAUUGGUUCAAGUUAGGAUAUACAUACCCAGAACUACAGCGCUGGAAAUAUGGCGAUGACUACAAAGAUGAACUGUUUCGAGACAUGAACGAUAUGUAUGGUGUUUUAAGGAAAGAAGCCAUAGAAAUAGCUAAACCUGACAGCGAACUACUAGGUGUGGUAGAUGUUGAGGAUAACGGCGUGUCAUUGAAUGACUACGCUGUGAGCAUCAGAUACUCAAAGUUUGCGAUGGGCGGCCAUCCGUUCAAUCUCGAGGUUUAUCUGCGGUCAGAAAAUGAGACAGAAAAUACAUUUCGGCAAGAGGAUUUUGUCACCAGUGUUUACAACUUCAGUCAGCCAGCGGAGCAAAAUGGCGACACAGUUUGCUCCAACUGCAGCAAUCUGGAGGAGCAAGACGUACAUGUCAUCGCUUAUAUUCCUAUCACGCCAUACCUGAUCAAAAAAAUUGAACAGCAACUGUUGCAGAAUCUUGAACCGGCCAAUAUUGAACACUUUCUCUCAGGGAUGUAUUAUAGGAUCACUAUGGCUGGGAAUACCGUUCCUGAAGAGAGAUGGAAGCCAACUAUGAACCUCAAAAUUUCCGUUUCACGGACUAGAAUGAGGUACUCCAAUGAUCCCAGUAUUAUAACGAGAUUUGAUGAUCCCGAGACGAUUCCGUCGCUUGGAAUUGAUGCAGAGAUCGCCAGUGUUCCAGCCACAAUAUCUGGUGGGAUUACAAACCACGUUUCUUUCGACAAUAUUACUCAGCUUGAGGAAGCCGUUCCCGUCGGCGGAUCCCUCGUUAUAUCGUCAUCACACCUGAACCCUGAUAUUCCAAGGAGAGAAAACCUCACGGGAAUUUCACUUGCGAACGUGGACCCUGGAUCCAGCAAUGCCAAUAACCAUGAAUCGUACGAUAUUCUACUCUGCAUAAUAAUCAACAGCCGACGUAACCUUCUUUCCUACACCAGCAAGCACGCUGGCCGCGGUUUUAGCGCACUUACGGAUCUCCAGCUCCCACAAUCGCAAUGGUUCCAAAAUGACAACCCGUGCAUCAGGGUGGAUGUUGAGGCUGAUGAUUUUGUAGUUUAUGUUGAUGGAAGGAAAAUUCAGGCGGUGGAACGAACUAUCAAAAGCGGUAACAUCACUCAUGUCAGAUACUGGACUUCGAACAACAAAGCCCCGGCGUUAGCAAAUGACAUUACAGUGACGACAUACAAGCAAACCAGCAUGAUCCACAACAACGUCGUCGAUGGUAUGGAACGAAUCGGAUCGCAAAACUUCGACUUUGCAAGGUUCACGGUAUUCAUGAGCACUUUCGCUUGCCGCCCAGUUUUCAUGAGACCUGCCCAAGCCUUUUGGUGGAUCCACAAAGGCUCAACAACGCACAAUAUUUUGCAUAAUGGAGAUAAGAAUUCUCGUCUCAUUUAUUUGGUGGACAGAUAUUGGCCAGUGGCGUGUGGGCAAAGAGUUUUGUGGAGUAUCCACGUCCUUGUAUUCGAACCUCGUUCCAACGCUGUCCGAUUGGCUGUCGGAGCUGGAUAA